UUCUACUGUUCGUGAAAAACAGAACCAGAGAAGCGUCUUCUCUUACCGCGCCCUGCCUCCGACGAGACACAGACUCGAACGCGACGGCUACCUCCGCCGGCGCGGCGAGGACGGAGGACCCGCCUUUGCGGGAGCAACUCCGGCGGAAGGAAUGGCAACUGUUUGCCUACAAUGUGGGGACCGUGGCUUUGAUGUUGCUUUGAUCUAUUGUGAGGUCUGUAAAAGUUAUGCUAUUCACCGCUAUUGCCUAGAAACCUUGCCUAAAACUUUUGAUGAAGAUGUUGAUUGGUUCUGCGAUGAUUGUCAAUCCAAGAGUGGAAAGCCUGAUACCAAUAAGGAAAGUUGCUCUCCCCUGUAUGAAGUGGAUGACUUGCCAGACUUAAAGAUUCCAGAAUCGGUCCAAUGUACAAAAAAUUCGAAAGAGUAUAUUCAUCUGGAAAGAUUGGGGAAGAAGAAGAAUAAGAAGAGGAAGAGGAAGAGGAAGAAGAGAGAGAAGAAUGAGCUCAAGCCCCAAAGGGAAAAAGAUGAGGAAGGAGAACAGUUAGGUGAUAAGGGCACGGAAAGAUUGGGAACGAAGAAGAAUAAGAAGAAGAGAAAGAAGAAUAAGCUCAAGGACCAAAGGGAAAAAUAUGAGGAAGGAGGACAGUUGGGCGAGAAGGGCACGGUCUUUACUUCAGGAGCAAAAGUUGAAAAAACCAAAGAUGUACCUCUUAUUCAAGUUUGUGAAACUCGGUGCAGCGGAAACUACAACGAAGUGACAUUCCACUAUCGCGAAUCUGCGAGAAGAGCUUGUGAAAGUCCCAGUCCAGUUAUUGAUGGCAGAAGGGCUUAUUGCAAUUUGGCUUCUCUCGGCCGGCCUCGGCCACCUCUUCCUUAUGGGCAAUUAAGACCUGUAACACCUCUGAUUGGAAGUGUUCAGGCUCCCAGGGGGAGUUACGUCAGGAGCCCUGUCUACCACCAUUCAAGUCCAUAUGAUUAUCAGCCAGGAUAUGCCUAUCCUCCUUAUGAGUACCCUACAUAUGAGCCUAACUUUGUGUAUCCACAGGGUGCCUAUAAUUCUUACAUGGCCCAGCAUUACCGACAAAGGUAUCGGGCACCAUCCACAUAUAGCAGUGACUUUUGCUCAUUUGGGUGGUCAGGUCAUCGACCUCCUGGUAAUCAUGGGUAUCCG